GAGUGGAUCGUGUUUAGCCAGUCCGCUACAUUGACACUGUUCUGUGAAACUGAUACUUCGUGAACGUAGAUGUCGUGAUUCGCUUCGGUGAAUCGUCUGGAGUUCCGCUGAACUGUGAAGCCACGUCGCUCAUUGGCCAGUAUUAGUUCCCUUUGACUACUUCGGCUUCUGCUAUUGGCUGAGCCGCAGCCUGCCCGUGGACCCGCCUCCUCCCAGCAAAACGGACUGAUUCUGAUUGAUAAUUUAAAGGCAGUCUUUCUGUUCAUCCUUCCAGUACGCGUCUCCACCGUUUUUACACAAAGUGUUUCAGCCAGCCAGUCUUACCGCACGACCCAAGCGGACACCAAGCUCCCAGUGGUACCGGGUGAAGCCUCGGUGGCGUGAAGGCAGGUGUUGAGGACUGUCUUUCUCUCUCUGCCUCAUUCUGUUGUUCUGAGUCAUGGCGACCUCUCUGCUCAGCAGGCAGCUGGUCCUCUCCCUCCAGCAGAACCUCAGGCUCACUGCACCAGGCUGCAGGUAUAUGAGUAAGGCAGCAGCUAAGACUCAGGUGGAGUUUGAAUACGAUGGGCCGUCCAUGAAGACCGAGGUCCCAGGACCCCGUUCCAAGGAGCUGACCAAACAGUUGGGAGAGAUUCAGAACGUGGGAGCAAUCAAUUUCUUCUGUAACUAUGAGGAGAGCAGAGGAAACUACCUGGUGGACGUGGACGGAAACCGCAUGCUGGACGUCUACACACAGAUCUCCUCUAUUCCUAUUGGAUACAACCAUCCCUCACUCAUUAAAGUGAUGUCCAACCCCAACAAUAUGAGUGCGUUUGUGAACAGGCCAGCUCUUGGGAUCAUGCCACCCGAGAACUUUCCAGAAAAGCUGGCAGAAAGCCUUCUCUCAGUUGCUCCUAGUGGUAUGAGCCGUGUUCAGACCAUGGCCUGUGGAUCCUGCUCCAAUGAGAAUGCAUAUAAAGCCAUGUUCAUCUGGUACAGAAAUAAGGAGAGAGGCCACAACAACCCCUCUGAUGAAGACAUGAGCUCCUGUAUGAUCAACCAGAGUCCUGGCUGUCCAGACUUCAGCAUCCUGUCAUUUAUGGGUGGAUUUCAUGGCAGAACAAUGGGUUGCUUGGCAACGACGCACUCCAAGGCCAUCCACAAGCUGGAUGUGCCGUCAUUUGAUUGGCCGAUCGCUCCCUUCCCUAAACUGAAGUACCCUCUGGAGGAGUUCACACGGGAGAACGCACAGGAAGAGGCCCGCUGCCUGGAGGAGGUAGAGGACCUGAUAGUUCAGUGGCGUCAGAAGGGCCGGCCGGUGGCUGGGAUAGUGAUAGAACCCAUCCAGGCUGAGGGAGGAGACAACCACGCAACACCAGACUUCUUCAAGAAGCUACGGAACAUCGCACGCAAGCAUGGCAGUGCGUUCCAUGUGGAUGAGGUGCAGACAGGGGGAGGAGCUACGGGGAAGUUCUGGGCUCAUGAACACUGGGGGAUGGACGACCCUGCUGACAUCGUCUCCUUCAGUAAGAAGAUGCUCACUGGAGGUUAUUACCAUAAAGACGAGCUGCAGGCAGACAAGGCCUACCGUAUCUUUAACACGUGGAUGGGUGACCCGUCUAAGAACCUGUUCCUGGCUGAGGUUCUGAACGUGAUCCGCAGAGAGAACCUUCUGGAAGAGGUGACCCGCUCUGGAAAGACUCUGCUACAGGGACUCUACCAACUACAGGACCAGUACCCUAACCUGUUGAGCAGUGCUCGGGGACAGGGGACAUUCUGUGCCAUCGACAUCCGUGAUGACGCCACACGAAACAGCAUCCUCCUCAAAGCCCGGGACAAGGGUGUUCUGCUGGGUGGCUGUGGAGAUCGGUCCAUCCGGUUCCGUCCUGCUCUGGUCUUUAAAGAGUACCAUGUUCACAUGUUCCUGAACGUGUUCAGCGACGUCCUGGCAGAACACAACUAGAACGCUGUCCCGGGUACCGUCCCCACUGGACUGGGCCAAA